AUGGUUAGCUCCCAGAGAGCUGCGACAGCGGUCGCUUACGGCCGUGGUACCCCAUCUUUUACCGUGCCAAAGGACUACAGGAUUGUACUGCCCACUGUUUCAUCAGGUGAUGCUAUGAAGCGUGCAGUCGUAUUGCACUGCGAUAUUUCAGGAAGGCCGUAUCGCAUCGAAGAUUUUCGAAAGCCCUUGCAAGACGCCGGUGUCAUCAAAGAUGUGGCUGUUAUCGGUGCCUACCAGAUGUCACACGUCUGGCUUGUCAACCUGCGGACAGAUGAGGCCAAAAAGAAGCUUGUGGAAGCAGGUCGUUUGGUAGUCAAGGACCGGCUGUGCAUCGUCAUUGACCCUAACAGGCAAGAGGUGCGUCUAAAGUUGCACUGGGUAGCUUUAGAUGUUUCUAACGAAAGCAUUCGAAGGACAUUUAGCGAGUAUGGUGAAGUAAAGGAGGUGACAAACGACAGGUGGAAAGUGGAAGGAUUUGAAUGUGCUGACUCCCUGACGAAGUUUGUGAGACUAAUUUUGAAGGAAGGUGUUGCACUUGACGAUAUACCGCAUCAGAUUCGUCUAGGCAGCGGUACAGCGCUCAUUGUUGCGCCAGGGCGAGCACCGUUAUGCCUUCGCUGCAAACAUACGGGCCAUAUACGGCGGGACUGCAGAGUUCCAAAAUCCAACGAAUGUCAUGCAUUUGGCCACACACAGGAGGCUUGCACGCGGAGCUACGCCAGAGCGGUAGGACGGCCUGCUGUUUCAGACCAGAGCGAGCUCAUCAUGGACGAGGAAGAGGCAGAACAGGCUGCGGCACCUGCAGCAAUUUUUAUGAUCGGAAAAGACCAGGGAGCGGCCAAGGACGAUAGCAUCUCCGGGUGCCCACCGUCGGCGAUGGACAACGCGGGCGUCGGUAAGCGUCAAGAGCCGGUGGAAGCGAACGCGGACGGCGUCGACGUGGGAAACCUGGCGGAGGAAUCUGCCAGAGAACAGCGGGACGCAUGCAGCGUCUCUCAAGUUCCAGAGGCAGCGGGCAAAGAACCGGCGGUCAUCGCAACUGCAGCGGAGGAGAUGGACGCCGAGGCAGCACCAGCAAAACGUCGCCAUGAGGAUGUGGUUGCCGCGUCGCAGGAUCAGCGUAUGAGGCAGAUAGAAGCGUCUGUGGGUGUCAGUGGUGCAAAGAAGAAAGCGCGCGGUGCUUUUCGCAUGCGUGCUUCGUCCCUAUCAAGGGGCGACAAAGAUGCAAAUCUUUAG